AUGUCCAGUAAAUGUUUCUUUGAUAUUCAAAUCGGAAACAGCAACCCAAAAAGAAUUAAAUUUUUACUUUAUGAUGAUGUGGUACCCAAGACUACAAGAAAUUUUAGAGAACUUUGUACUCAAGAGGCACCUCAUGGCUACAAAAAAUCUGUUUUUCACAGGAUUAUUCCAGAUUUUAUGGCGCAGGGGGGAGAUUUUACCCAUGGAACAGGUGUAGGAGGAAAAAGUAUCUAUGGUUCUAAAUUCGAGGAUGAAAAUUUUAUUAAAAAGCAUGAUAAGAAGUAUUUAUUAAGCAUGGCCAAUGCAGGUCCUAAUACUAAUGGGUCACAAUUUUUUAUUACUUUUAAUAAAUGCGACUGGCUUAACAAUAAACAUGUUGUAUUUGGGGAAGUUAUAUAUGAUGAUAAAAAAGAGCUUGAGAUACUAAAAGAAAUGGAGGCAGUUGGCUCUCAAGGUGGUAAACCUAAAGAAAUAGUUAAAAUAGUAGAUUCAGGAAUUGUUGAAAAAUAA